AUGGCUGCGGGAAAUAAAGGGAGACCAUUACCAAAAUUUGGAGAAUGGGACGCGGGUAAUCCAGCCUCGGCCGAAGGAUUCACGGUCAUUUUCAACAAAGCUCGUGAUGACAAGAAGAUAAAGAAAACCGCCGUGGCAGGACCCGAGAGUCUGGUUUCGCCUCCAAGAAACGAAGAAACUCAUCAGAACAACAACCAUCAUCAUAACCGUAAUUCCCAAACCCCACGAGCAAAGGUGAUCUCUAUUUGCAGAAGAAAUGGCUAUGUUUCCGUUAACGCUGGUUCGGGACUUGUUUUGAAGAACCCGACGAUAAGGAAGUAG